AUGCCCAGAAAGGGAUUCCCACCAAAUCCUAUGCCCGAGAAUUAUGUGAGGCUUGAUCAAAUCACUGACGAAUUGUAUGACAAGUUUUGCAAGGAGGUCUUGGAUGACAACUUGCAGCCAUGCACACCGCAAGAGCGAAAACUGCUCGAUAAUAUGAGUUCAUCGGGAGAUUUUGGAGCAGCUGUCGACUUCUACGAUGAGAUUAUGGGAGAAUUACCAGUGGUAAUGGUGCACAUGCGCACUUCAAAAGUAUUCCUGUCCCCAUCCCUGAGGGAGAAGUGUAUCCAAAAGGUCAUAGCGGUAAAGAAGACGGAAAUGAAUCCCAUAUGUGCCGCUAUUGCUCAUAUUCAACAGCUCUUCGUUGGUUUUCCACCAGAAAUACGUGUA